CACACACACACACACACACACACACAUCGACGAUGGCGACGCCGCCUGCGGACUUGGUGUCGAGGGCACAGCGCGCCGUGGCAGAGGCCAUGAUGCGCAUUCAGCAGGUCUGGCAUGUGCUGGGCAUUGACGAGGAAUACCAGGAGGAGCGCUCCGAGGAGAUUAUGAACCUCGUCAACGGACUCGUCAUGACCAUGGCCGAGCAAGAAGAAGAGGAGCGCGACAACGUCCUCCGGCGCGUCAAGGAGAACAGGGAGCAGCUUGCAUCCCUGGCCAAGGAAAUGAACGUCGAGCCUGGCGUGGACACAGACCUGCCCCUGCUGGACCUGGACAAGGCACUCGGCGACCGCAUCGCAGCGCUGAACGAGGAGCGGGAGCAGCGCAUCCACUCCCUCAUCGACCUGGAGAGCAGGCUCGAGGUGCUGCAGGAAUCCCUGGUGGUAAGCGAGAAGGAGGAGAAGCGUGAAGACGAGCUGUCCAUGGAGCGACUCGAAGACCUGAGGCACCGCAUCACAGAGUAUGAGAAGGAGCUUGACGAGAGAAAGAAGGGCUUGGCGUCCACCAUGAAGGAGAUCAAGCACCUGUGGGCGCAGCUGCGCUACCGGCCCCGCACAGAGUUUGAGGAGCAGGUGGCAAAGGGCGUUGAUCGGCUCCCGCUCUCGCCCGCCAACAUCCUCGCGCUGCACCGCCUCCGCGACUCGCUCAAGGACAUGCUGCCCGCGCUGAAGGUUGAGGUGGACACCGUGGCCGCGCGAACGCACGAGAUGUGCAUGCUGCUCGGGGAGCAGGAGGAUGAGUACGUGCGCGCCGCAGCCCGCAUCAAGGAGAAGACGGAGGCAUUUGAUGGCGUGUGCCGCGACGCCAUUGAUCUGUGGGAGCAAGAGCUGGAGCGCCUACACAAGAAGAAGCAGGCCAUGCUGCCUGUCGUCGUGCUGAAGACCUUUGAGAAGCUGGACAAGCAGUGGCAGCAGACGUACUUCUGUGCCCAGCAGUCGCGCGAGUUUAUGGAGGCCCUGGGGCUGGAGUACCCCUUGGAGUAUGAUGACGUGAAGGAGAUCUCUGAUCGCCGCGUGCUUGAGAUGGCGCUUGAAGCGAUAGAAGAGGAAUGCGCUCGACAAACAGCGCUGCACGACGAACACAAGGACGUCUACCAAGCCGUGCACACCAUCGAAGCCUUGCAGGGUAAGAAGGCGCAGUUCAAGGAGGAUGACUUGCUGAACAACCGCGGUGGCCUCCGCUUCAAGGUGGAGAAGAUGGACAAACAGAUUGACGCAUGCAAGCGCCAGAUUGCAAAAUGGGAACGACAAACAGGCACCAAGUUCAUGGUUCGGGGAGCACAUUUCCUGUCCAUUUUGACGCGCAAGGAAGAGGCCGAGCGAGAGCACCAGCUGAAGCUGAAGGAGCAGAGGCGGCAACAGCGACAGAAGCAGUUGCAGCAAGAAGCACGAUUUGGAAGCAUACCCGCGACUCCAAAGCGCGCGAGACGAGACCUCGGCAAGCCGUCAACACGAAACGGACCAAACUCGCUCAAGACGCCCAAAUCAAGCAGGAAGGUUGCCAAGCGCACGCCAUUGAAGGAAAACGUGCCGCACCUCAACCUCUUUGAGAACGACAUCAAGGGCAACAUCUGCAUUGAGUUUGACAGCUCACAUCACGCAAACCGCCCUGCGGACGCAUCUGUGGGCACAUUCUCCAUGUUUAAGGAAACGGCCACAAAUCGAUUGCAUUCCACCAAGCUUCCAAAGUGAUUUGUGUGUGCGCGAUCCAAUUUGCUUGCUUGUUUGGAUUGAUGUACUGCGUCUUGUUCUCAGUGUGUGUCUGCUUCCGUGUUGUCGUGCAUGCCCAGAUGAUUGAUGUUAUCUGCGCACGUCGUGUUGAAUUGUGCUUGUCCAUACAUUGUGGUGUUGUUUGCUGUUCAACACCUGCCUGUCAAAGCAUUAGUGUGAACGAGUGUGUUCAUUGUGACUGCAACCCCAAGACACACGCUUUUCACAAAAGAAUGUGGCGCGUGAGAGCUACGUUGCUUGUUCUUUAACUGUGAUGUUGUGGUUGUUUUUGUCGCCUGCUUCUCAUCUUGCCACGCCGUGCCAUACUUAUGUGUGUGUCCCUUCCUCACUGCGCUUUGUUCCACAACAGAGAGACUCGUGACAGUUGCCCUGCUUUGCUCGCCUUGAUUGAAAGAUGAAAGAUUAAGCCGCA